ACUUCCAAUGCGUCUGUUACACAAUAAACAGAACGCUUUAUGCAAAAUCGAAACCAACUCUUCACCACCAUUGGAUGGUUGAAGUAAAAAUGCUACAAAAAAAAGGUUACCACCAAACCUUUGCGCGGACGAUUUCAUCGAGCCUUUUGUCCUUUUUUCACCUCAUACAUAUUCAGUGCUCGGCACGGGAAAAGCAAGAAAAUGUGUGUAAAGUGUGAUAUUGUAUCGACCUCUUUCUCGCUCACUCUUUACCGCGAGGAAAAGAUUCUUACCGGACGGCAAUUGCAUCAUACAACGGUAGACGUAAUACUGUUUUAAAACUAACAAAAAAGGCCUAUCAGUGGAAUGAGUUGCAACGACCAACCUCAUCGGUGGCACAGGAAAGCAGCACUUGACCGGCAUCCUUUCGUGCGAAGGUCGAAUUACAAACAAUGUUGUGAUCGAAUUGAAAUCGGGCUCAAUUUGCCUACUCAACAUUAGUGUAAUCCAUGCUGGCUGGAUUAAUCUUGAGGCAGACAUUUGCUUGAGGAAAGCUGGAUCAGCAGGUACAAACAUUAGCGAAUUGUCUGGCAAUUUUCCGCCUUUCGACAUUAACUGUCUACCGAAGGCAAUCAUACCACAACAACAAAAAAAAAAAAAAGCCCAGUGCUCUGUCCAAAGCUAUUUAGUCACACAAUCAGCGCCAACAGGAACUAACAUUGACGUUGACGGGAACAGACAGGCAGCAGUAUUCGCGCGCGCUUACACCGUACGGUUGUAUUUGUUUUCCAUCGAUGGCGGCGGUUUUUGUUCGAGCGAUCGGGUGAACGCGGGAUGGAGAAGGAUGGGCACCGCUGCAACGACGGAACAUGGCAAAGAAACGUGAGGCGUGCAAAUGUGUUCCCAGCAAAGCAAGAUUAUUAUUGCCUUGCCACGGCACACCAGAUCACAAGGUCACGGUCAACACGGUGUGCCGUCAAACUGCGCGCGAGAGCGAGAGACUGAGUGCGAGAGACCGAGCAAAAACCCGUGCUGGUUGGGCACGAGUUCUCGCGUUCUUAUGUUAAGCAACACUCGGGAGUAGUACACCGUCAAAGGGGAGGCUUGUGAGAUGACGCUGAACGUGGCGUCGAUCGCUCUUUUCAUGGAUUUUGAUCCACUCGUAAACUGACCGACGAGCGUGAGUUACCAUGCAUUACCAGCUGUGAGAAACUGUAAAUAGAGCUGUGAGUGAAUGCCAUUUGAGACGUGGGAUAGUAAAACAUCUUCGGUCGUUUCAAAACCAUCGAAAACAUGUAAAUAAAGCAUAGAACAUCGUCGGAAAAAGAAAAGGAAAAUUUAUGUAAUUUGAACAUUCAUUUGAAGGUAAACAAGCACCAAGAAUAUCUUAUCAAAUAUGAGGAAGGACAAGAAAAACUGAAUAGAGUUCUACUCCUAUUCCUGCGUAGAAUGCUUGUUGACAGGAUAAAAAUAACUAACCCUCCACCCACAGCUUGGACGUUCAGUCACAACACUCGUAACAAAACAACAACAAACCUGCUCGAACAUGAGCUGUCCACCACCUGUCGGCGUAACACAAUCUGCUCGACAAACUGCUCGAAAGCAAACCACGGACAAUAACACACAGCAUGUGAGUGACGUGCAAACUUUAUGCCGCUCCGAUCGCGGGUACUCAUUUUCACGAGAGCCAGUGUGUGUUGCUCUGAGUUGGGGAAAACUCAUCCAGCAAUCCGCUCACCACAUCCCGAUGUCUGUAUAUGUGUGUGUGUGUCUUGGUGUGCGGCUUUGGCUCUGGAUUGUUCGACUCGAGUCAUCCGCACCUGGUGCAGUGUGGGCCAGUCGAACAGCAUGUCCACAGCGCAAAGGACAACGGCGACUAGGGCGAUCCUCAUCAAAACGACCACCGCCGCCACCAGCACCUUCACCGUCCCGACGGGCAGACACGACGACCAAGCGAAAACACCCGGAUGAUUAGUGAUUACGUUUAUCGGGCGGUGCUUCCAAGCUGUUGCUACCGCUGACAGCCACAAACAGGGGCACACAACACCCCCGAGAGUACAUCCCGCUCCAUCGUAUCCUUCCUGCCGAAAAGGAAGAAACAUCCUGUACCUCCAUCCGUUCAUGAUGCGCCAGUGUGCGUGCGUGUUUAUGUGUGUGUGUAGAAGUGUACAAAUGUUUACCCAAGUCCUCUAGGCAGAGACCUUCUGCCCAAAAGGUUUCUUACACAACACGGAACAAGAGCACAAAACACAUCUUCGGAGUGAAAAGGAAUCAAACAAACGGGGACAUCCUACUCCCCCGUCAUUCACACCCCGGGGGAGGAAAAUCUAGUACAAUCCUUGGUGUAUGUGUGUGUGCAUGUGACUGUUGUUGUAGGCCAGAUUUUCCAGCAAAGCCCCGCACUACUAAUACACAGCAAAGCUUGCAGCGAAAAGUGGUGAAUAUCAUCGCAUCUCACGAAUACAACGAUGGAUUUUACGCCGCUACCAUCCGAGCUGGAGGAGCUGAUCCUCUGCAGCUGCUGCCAUCUGCCGUUCAACGAGACGGACGCACUGCCGAAGCUCUUCUCCUGCCGGCACUACUUCUGUCUCAAGUGCGUCAACCAGGUGCUGCUGAAGGGUAACGAGCUGUACUGCGUGCACUGCUGGAAGCGCACGGAGCUGACGGGGCCAGACAUGAAGCCGGACUCGCUGCCGACACACAACGCCAUCCUGUAUCUGUCGCAGAAUCUAAGCAUGAUCUCGAGUGGCAGCGCCACGACCACCAACAAAAAGCCUCCGGACAAGCCGAAUGGGGGUGAAAGCUGCAGUACGGUGGCCGCCACCACCUCCAGCACAACCAAUGGUGGCGGGUCGUUAUCUGUGGUCGCGGGCAGCUCCGUGACGACGGCCGGUGCGACGCCGGGCAAUGGAGCUUCCGGGUCGGGCAUGAGUGUGGCCGUGGGUGGCGGUAGUGGUAGUAACACGAGCAGUAGCAGUGUGGGCAGCGGUAUUAGUGUGGUCGUAACUUCGGGCAGCAGUGUCGGUUCUUCGGUGGCCUCGAACGGAUCCACCGGGAUGCCCACGAACGGGGCGGGCGUGAUCGGUAGUGCGGUGGUUGGCAGUGGUCUCGGUAUUGGUGUCGGUGUCGGUGGUGGUGGUGCUGGGGGCAGCGGUAGCGCUGGUACUAGUAGUGCGGGUAUAGUGAGUGCCAUCGGUUCGGGCAAGUAUCGUAGUAAGGGUGAGAACUGUCUCACACACGCCAUGCCGAACGCGCUGUGGUGUUUAAAGUGUAGUACCGCCGUCUGCCGGGCAUGUGCGAGCGGAGACGAACAUCGGCAGCAUCCGGUGAAGACACACGCGGAAGCACGUGACCAGAUACGGACGGACAUCGCGUCCGAUCUGCUGCUGAUGCAGAAAUCACUCGCCGAGCUGCAGCAUUUUGUCUUCAAGCAGCGUGACUUUCUGCUCAAGAUUCUGGAAGCGUGCACCGCGCUCAAGACGCAGGUAGAGACGGAGCUGAUCAAUCAUCUUCCCACGUUCGAGGUGGCUGAAAUUCGAAGCAACCUCACCAAGGCGAAACUGUUCCUGGGCAUGCUGGAUCAACAGUCGCCAGCGGAAGCGUACAAGCUGUACGCGAACCUGCACAUGGAGAAGCAACGCUUGCAGUCGAAAUACCAGGAGAUGUUUCUGCAGUGCAAGCUGGACGAUCUUAUCCAGCACUACGGUGUGCUGUUUGAUUUCGAUCUGAUCAAGCAGGCGCUCUCGAACCUCAACACCAUCGAUCCCAUCUCGUUCGGCAAUGGGACGGUGGCUGGUGCGGCCACGAUCAACGGUCAUCAUAACUCCAUCCUGCUGCUUGCCAACUACUGCAUCUCGCAGCUGUAUUCGCGCCACAUCCUUACCACCAAACAUCAUCCUUCGCAGCAGCAGCAGCAACACCAACAACAGCAUCAGCAGCAACAACACCACCAACAGCAGCAGCAGCAACAACUUCAUUCGCAGCUCGGUCCACUGGACGGCAUUAGCCUCAGUGGACAUCACUACGUCCAUCAGCAGUCCCCGAAUCACGUUACGAUGAAUCAUCUGCAUCACCACGUCGCCCAGCAGCUGCACCACCAUCAGCAGCAGCAACAUCAGCAACAGCUGGCCGGUUCCGGUACGUACGCAAGCCAGCUGCACGAUAUGGCUUCCGCAAUCCUGAUCGCACCGCCGCAGGACCGUAUGGCACCCGGCAGCGGACGGACAACGGGCGACGGUGGUGGUUCCAGUUCGGCCCGCACCUCCGGUUCCGGUUCAGGCUAUCUGAGCGAGAUCCUGAAUGGGGCCGGUAGUUCCUCUGCCCUCCAUCAACACGCUCUGCAGCAGCAACAUUCCUCGCAGCUCGCCUCGCCCGGAGGGCUCAUUUCGUCGUCGUCCUGCUCAAGCGUCGUGUCGCUCGUACCCGCACCCUCCUCGUCCGCCGGAUCAUCCUCGGUGGUGGUCGGUGCGGGGAAGGGACAAUCGUCGAGCUCGGCGGCGGCUGCCGCUGCAGCUGCUGCCGCCGUUGCCGCCACCCUGCUCUGCAAUCCGUCCGUGCACGUGUACCCGAUCUACUUCUUCAGCAUCGAGAUCAACGGUCAACCGUUCGGGCGCAUACUGAUCGAGGUGCGCAACGACGUGGCGCCCAAGAUGGCGAAGAACUUUGGCGCACUGUGCACGGGUGAGCUCGGUUUCGGGUACAAGGGAUGCAGCAUCUUUCAGUGCUGGGAGAACGAAAGCAUCAUUACGGGCGAUUUCGAGCUGAACAAUGGGCGCGGUGGCCGGUCCGUGUUCGAGGAAGGUUUCUUCAUGCCGGAUGACACCAAGAUCCUGGCGAUCCGUGGCUCGGUCGGUAUGCGGCGCAGUCAAAAGCGUCACGAUAACAUGGGCCUGGUGGGAUCGCAGUUCCGCAUCAUACUGCGCGAAAUGCGUGGAUUCACCGGGAUUUUUGCGUUCGUCGUGGAGGGUUUGGAUCUGGUGGAGAAGAUUAGCCAGGCGGGCGAUUCGGCUGGCAAACCGCAAAGCACGGUGCUGAUCGCGAACUGUGGCAAGUGGCAGUAGAGACUGCCGGAUGUUGCUUGAUAAGGUACCGGGAGAUGUAGGGUAGGGUGCCUUCUUUCGGAGGCACGUUUCGUUGAUAGCUUGAUUCUGUUACUUAUAUUGGGUAGGAAAUGGGAAGGGUAGGGGCACACACGGAUAAUGGCCAAAGAGCAAUGCUGUGGAAGAAGCUCAAAGCUUCAUAUCCAUUGUUUGUUGGUAGCUGUAACAGCGCGUUGAUAGGUUUUAACUGUUCGUUUUGGCUCUAUGACGCAAUGGAGCAAUGUAAUAGAACACGGUAGUACAAUUUUUGAUUUCCUCUGUUUAGCUAUUGCAAACAAACAAAAAACACACCCACAAACUUCUUGCUACUAGUAUUUGUUGGUUAGAGUUAUACUUGGUUCCUGUUACGCAUUAAUCGAAUCACGCUGGUUUUGUUUUUACUCCACUCGAGUUCACUGCACGCACUCAAUACGCGGGAUAAACGGGGCGCUUUAACGGACCAACCGAUUUCGCGGUUCUACUAAUUCGCGGUAGUGGCGGCUUCUACACUAGACUGAACGGCGCACGCGCACGGUAGUAGGUUAGGGAUGGGCAGGGUAGCGAUUUAAACCAAACUCGGAACGGAUUCGACACGGAUAGUUGUAGCUUUUCCUUAGGAUACGAAGACGAUUACUAUAGUAUGCCGCCACGACGGGAGAACGAUUUUUAAGCAACGCAAUGACGAACCCAAAUUCAUAUACAGAGAAACGAUCAACACACCGAUCGCGUGAUAGUAAGAAGAGGCGCAGCAAAGGGAGCAUGAGAAACCCAAGAGAGACAAAUAUUUAAUCCAAACCCCACACUACACAAGGGCGUUUACGGGCAUGCAGAGCAUUUCCGUUACACGGUAGUCGGUUCGCUUUACUUUAACGUACUUCUGUUAGUAGCGGAACACACAAAAAAACAAGAUGGAAUUACCCCCUCAAAAAAUAAUUUCACCGAUGGAUAGGGUUUGUAAAAGUACACCACACGAGUACACAAGAUCUUCCCUUGUUUGAUGAGUGAAGAAGUGAAUGCUAAGCUGUCAAUGCUGAGCUAAACACAGUGCAUUCGUACAAACGUCGCAUGUAUCGAUACACGGGCUAGUGCAAAAGAGGACGCGAAUUAGAAUUAAAACAUACAAAAAACAACAACACGUCUUUGAACAAGAUCGGCAUUGCGAAGCGUCUAGCGGUUACAGCAAACGCGACGAAUAUAUUGUGAAACAUGUAAACAAUUUUAAUGACUUCAACAGCGACAAAUAUGCUAGCGACAUUAUCUUUAGCCGAUAUCAUCGCAAAAAAAACCUGCAAAACAUGCGAACAAAAGUAAUUAAAAUCAGAACAACAAAUGAAAGAUAAAGAAACCCAUAACUAUAAUACGCGAACGAGUUAAACAAAUCAUGAAAACGCAAACGAGGGUAUAAAUCAUGAACGUAAAGAAAGUACAAUGCAUUGUAUUAACUGUUAAAUGUUAGUGAAAUCGUGUAACACGUGUGAACAGCGCUAAGCGUACGGUGUAGUAAACGUGGUAGACUUAAAGCAAACACAUAGAAACAAAAAAAGAUAAGAAAGGAUCAAAACAAACAUGAAAAGAACGACUGCGGGAUAGGAGAUGAAGAUGAGAAGAGAAGAAAAUACUAUACACGCAACACUCACACACAAACCAGAGCGAGAAGGGCGGACGAGUUUUUGGCACGGAAGCGAAACAAACACGUGUGUAUAGUCGAGAAACUGUAUAGAAAGCUCUAUAUAUAUAUUCCUGCGUGACCACGAAGCGAAAUAUUAUCUGCAGAAAGCUAUAUUUUUAUUGUGCAGUAGUUGUGAAACAAUUGUGUGAAAAAGAGACAAACAAACAAAUAUAUAUAUAUAUAAAUGUGUUACAAAACGUUAACUUUACCGGUACACAAGCCAAGCAUGUAAACGAAACAUUUGUGGAACGGAAACAAAAACACAGCCAUAUCCUUUAUUCUCUGCUCAAGCAUGCGAGAACAUAGAACGCAAAGCGCACUUUAACGUACGAAUGUAAUGGCCGAUAGGGACGCCAUCUGGCACGUCGGCACAUCGGCAAACCGUUCCCGACGGUUCUGGCCGGUGCUGCGCUGCGCUGCUUAAGCAUUGCGCUGGCAAAUAUAAAGCGUUUCUCGCGAACAAACCAAUCAAAAGUAAGAACACAAACAAGAAAACCUAUUUAAACUUUUACUCUCCUCCCUUUCACCAUGUACGUGUGCGUUUGUAGGAGCGAUGAGCGAUUAUUUACACUCGUUAUGCAAAGAUGUCGAAGAAAGCGUAUAGAGGUAGAUGAGCAACCCCCCCCCCCUCCCCCCUCCCCCAACAGGACACACCCGAUCGAUGUGCGAUCUUGCGAAAGCCUAUAUUGUUAGCAUUGUAUAGAUGUCAGAAUGAACUGUGAAUAGACUGAAUGUUUUGGAAUGAAACCGUUAACCAACCCUACCAAUAAUACAAACACGUAAUCGAAAAGAAAAAAAGAAACCUAAUGUAUAAAACGGAAUCCUACAGCAACAAUGAGACACAAAACAUAGCCAACCAUUCAAACGGUGGGGCCGUGUACAUCAAACACUAGAACUAGACGGGGGAUCACGUGUACCUUCUACUGUGUGUAAGGGUAGUAUUAGCAGCAGCAGCACCACCACAACCCAUACACACACACUAUUAUUUGCACUUCUGUACCGAAAACAAAGCGAAACCAAAUCCUUCCGAAGAAACGGCGCGAAGACGGGAUGAUCGGAAAACGUGUCGAACUUUAAUUAGGCAGCGAGAACCAGCGUUACAUACGUAUAUCUAUUUAAACUUCGAUACAGAAUCGCUAUAUUGAACACGAAAGGCCAGUGUAAAUGUAAAACAAAGAAAAAAAAGCAACACGUUACAAAGCAGUACAAAAUCGACGACAAGCGGAAACAAACGGAAUCUGUGAAACGGUGAUGGUUUUAGAGCUUGAUGCAGACGUAGCACGGUAUGUUUGUAUUAGAAACCAUACGAGUAGCAUGGCAAAACGAAAUGCACUGAUUUUCCGAUACAGCGGAUGAUAGACAAGCACCAACAAAAUUUUGAAUUUUAUUUUCAACGAACGCUUGUUUGUAAAAGUUUUAUAAUUUUGCAAAGUGUUCUCUUCGCGUUGUUACACCACACCAGCGAUGUACGAAACAAUUAGCAUUGUGGGAAAUUAAUUUAUCAGCGACGAUAAAAAAAAAACAUGCAAGCACCUUCAGCACAUAAGUCACAAUGGAGCUCGUUAAUGAAAAAUAACAUUUUCACGGAGAGUAAAAACUCAUUCUAAAAUAAACUUGGUAAACUGUCGAAAAACGUAAGGGAUCAAUGUGCAAUUGAUGAAGGUAAGAAAUCUCUUCUUUAUCUACUUUUGUUACUUCUACUUGGUUGCUGCUACCAGUAACGAUGUGAAGGUUGAAAACAAAACGGAUUAGUAUCUAUUUUUGUUUACCGAAAUGGUGAACAGCCGAGCCCCACGUCGUGCCGAUUGCAAGCGGGCAGCAAAGGGAGGUUGCAGAUAAGAUAAGCUUUACCAGCUCGAAAACGGAAUGCAAUGAACCAUGCAAUGGAUAACGAAAGUACAAGCAGCAAAAGGGAACGUAACGCACCUGGGCUUUCUUUUGCAACGGGCGUUACAUCCUGACAUCGGGGAUUGUGUGCUUUUUGUGGCAGACAGUAUUCUAUAGGAAACGAACACACACACACACACUCACUCUCGUAUAAACGUGAUCGCAACAUGAAAAAGAAAAGGCGAAAAUAUCUAACCUAUCGUUGCCAACAUCAGCCAAUAACAACCAGAUAACCAGCGGAUUUUCCCAAUCACGACCCACAUCAAACACAAAACAAAAAAACACAAAAAAAAAAAAAAGGUAACAAAGGCAACAAUUCACCACAUUGGCAUGUGUUUGUGUGCGAUUAUGAUAAGCGAAGAGCAGUUAGUCCGGUGGCGGUGGGAAACCAAUGGGUAGAAAUCGAUUUUUAUAAGGAUAAGGAAAUAUGGCAAACAGGUACAAUCGACGUACGUGCUCUCGUGACGGUUUAGUAGUUGUUGAGUGUGCACUCUUUACGUGUAAUAUAAUGCAGCGGCAGGCGACGGUAAUGCGAGCCGAGGGGGGAAAAGGGAGACAGAAGCGAACAUGCGAAGAUCGGGUAAUUUCUUUAACAAAAAACCACAACAAACAACAACAAAAAAAGAACUAUAAUAAACGGAUCAAGACCCUUCAACGGUAGAACGGCUAAAAUAAACGGUGAAAUUAG